AUGAGAGGAGACAACCAGCCUUUUACUCUUGGUUUCAUUCUCCUGGGAGUCAGUGGUCAACAGCAACGGGAAUACUUCUUCUUCAUCCUCUUCCUAUUCAUUUACCCCAACACACUGAUUGGAAAUCUGCUCAUCAUCUUGGCCAUUUGCGUCCCUGUUUGUUCUGAUACUCACCUUCACAACCCUAUGUACUUUUUCCUUGCCAAUCCCUCCUUUGUUGACAUCUUCUUCUCCUCUGUAACCAUCCCUAAAAUGCUAGCCAACCAUGUCUUAGGCAGCAAAGCCAUCUCCUUUAGGGGAUGCCUAACACAGAUGUAUUCCAUGUUGGCCUUGGGUAACACAGAUAGCUAUAUCCUGGCUGCAGUGGCAUGUGAUCAUGCUGUGGCCAUCAGCCGCCCACUUUAUUACACAACAAUUAUGAGCCCACGGACUUGUUUCCUCUUAGUUGUUGGAAAUGCCAAUCCCCUCCCCCCCCACAUUCUUCUCACAGCUGGUCUGUCUUUCUGUGGCAACAAGGAAGUGGCCAACUUCUACUGUGACAUUGUCUCUUUACUCAAGCUAUCUUGCUCUGACAUCCAUUUUAACGUGAAGAUGACGUACCUAGGGGUUGGUGUUUUCUCUGUGCCAUUACUAUACAUCAUCAUCUCCUUUAUUCAUGUCUUUUCUACAGUCUUACAGGUUCCAUGCACCAAGGGUGUGCUCAAGGCCUUCUCUACUUGUGGUUCUCACCUCACAGUUGUUGCUCUGUAUUAUGGGACAGUCAUGGGGAUGUAUUUCUGUCCUCUGUCUAGUUACAGCCUAAAGGAUGCAGUGAUAACUGUGAUGUAUAUUGCAGUGACCCCAAUGUUAAAUCCUUUCAUUUAUAGUCUGAGAAACCAAGACAUGAAGGCAGCCCUGGGGAAACUCUUCAGCAAAAAACUCAUAACCAAUAUGAGGUCAAUCGGAGAGUCAAUUAGUCACCAAUUAGGAUGCAUUUGA